AUGAUACCUCGGUUUAGAGCAGGGUUUCGAAACUUAUCCAGCCAUGGAGGGUCGCUAGCGGAAUUUUUCGCAGAGAAACAAAGUAUAUCUUCUGCAAAGGCCACAGGUCUAUUUGGAAACAGCCGGCUAGACUCAGCAAGAGGCCUAGAGGCGUUCUCAGAAGCAUCUCUUCGAAGCGCCCAGAAGAUGGACGCCAACAUCCAAAAUGCCACAGCCCCAUCAAGAGACACGGUUCUCCAGCUCGACAUUUUGAGUGAUGUUAUUUGCAAAGUAGUCGAUAUGGCUGCGUUUGUGCGGCUAAGCCAUCCGAGCAGGCACAUGCUGGAUGCUGCACAGCAGGCUCACGAGACCAUGUUCGAAUUCAUGAACCAUUUAAACACUUCCCCAGAACUGUAUAAUAAGGUGACAGCGGUGUUAGAAAUGCCUUCUAUUUUGAAGACUUUGAGUACAGAAGAGGUUAAAGUUGCUGAGAUCCUCAAGCACGAUUUCGAAAAAUCAGGUAUUCAGUUUGACGACAAGACAAGAGAGUCUUUUGUCCAUUCGGCAAACAUCGUAUCUAUUCUUGGUCAACAGUUUUUGAAUAAUAUCGGACCAGCGCAGGACAGCCUGGUAUUCACAAGUAGUGAACUGGUGGGGCUGGACCCGUACAUCAUUCGCCGCUUGCGAACUUUCACCGGUAAAGUUCAGCUGCCGUUAGAUAGCCAAUUGGCAGAGAUUGCAUUACAGACGGUGCAUGAUACAAAUGUUCGCAAAAAAAUCUGGAAUGCGGUUCGUACACCGUCCCAAAGCCAAAUAGAGGUGUUGACCCAGGUGUUGCAGUCUCGAUCUUCGAUCGCAAAAAUGUGUGGAUACAAAUCGUUUGCUUCAUAUGAGCUCACAGACAAACUUAUGAAAUCGCCGGAUCAUGUCCAAGACUUUUUGCAGUCAUUAUCGACCACUAUUGCUCCCUUGGCUAAAAAAGAGCUCCAAACGAUUACUCCGGCAGGUGUUCAGCUUGAUCCAUGGGACCACAGCUACUACCUCACCCGGCAUACUGCGUCAAAACGGGGCAGCUCAAAAGACACUGUUGGAGCACUCACUGGUUACUUUAGCUUGGGCAACGUCAUGCAGGGUAUCUCCGAUGUGUGUGAAAUGCUCUACGGCCUCAAGUUCCAGCCGGGCUCCGUGGCCGCUGGAGAAGUUUGGGACCCUGAAGUUCGCCGCUUAGAUGUAUAUGAAGGGGAUUCACGGGUUGGCGCAAUCUACUGCGACUUGUUCAAUCGCGAAGGAAAAGCUCCUCACCCCGCUCACUUCACUAUCCAAUGUUCUCGUCAGGUCUACCCAUGGGAGGAUUUAUACGAGGAUCCCAACCUUAAUAUUAGAAACAGUGGACCAGGAGACCAACAAGAAAAGUUCCAAACCCCCAUCAUUGCAUUGGUUUGUGAUUUCCACACUCAGAAUGGCGUGACUUUGCUCUCAUUCAGCGAGGUGCAAACUCUUUUCCACGAGAUGGGACAUGCAAUUCACUCCAUGAUCGGCAGAACUAGACUCCACAACGUAUCUGGAACUCGUUGUGCAACAGAUUUUGUGGAGCUUCCUUCUGUGUUGAUGGAAAAGUUCGCGUCAGCCCCUCAAGUGUUGAAUUUGUAUGCCCGCCACUUUGAAACUAACGAGCCACUUCCCUUGGACUUGUUUAAAGCACAGCAGAAUCUCAGCAUGACUAGCGAAAACUGGGAGACCCACCAUCAAAUCGUUUUGUCGUUUAUUGACCAAGCCCUCCACUCAGAAGCUGCCUCUCAACCAUCAUUCGAUCCUACCGCUAUUGUCAGUGGAGUGCUCAAGCAGCAUAGCUUGUACCAUGUCAACAGCAACAAACAGUACGCGCAAUUUGGCCAUCUUGUUUCUUAUGGGGCAACUUAUUACAGUUACCUGCUGGACAGAUGUCUUGCUAACAUGACCUGGGAAAAGCUAUUUAAGGACGACCCUCUGUCUAGAGAAAGCGGCGAGAAGUUCAAGUCAGCGGUUCUUCAAUGGGGAGGCUCGAGAGAUGCUCUUGAAUGCGCACAGGACCUGCUUGGUGAGUUUGACUACAGUCAGGUUGCCCAGCAUGUCAAGUGA